AGGCGGUGGCUGGUUGCCAGGGACUCAGCUGCCCUCCAUCUAUAAAUCAACCAACGCACCACUCCAUUGCCACAUUGCCUGUUGUUGAAUCGAAACCCCUCAACUCCAUUGCUGUAGUUCCGAUCGCCCACAGAGACAGGGAGAGUGAAAGCGAUGGCAACCACAAUCCAAGCCCGAGUCAUGGGGACUGCCCUGCUCUUCUUCUUCCUCCUUUCUGCCUCUUCCAUUGCCCAAGCCGCCACCUGCAAAGGGAAGAGUGCAUGGCCGGAGCUGGUAGGCAAGGAUGGAUCGACUGCAGAAGCCAUCAUAAAAGCUGAGAACCACCGUGUGAACUUUGUCUUCACCGUCCAAGAAGGAUCCUCUGUAAUCCAGAAUUUUGACUGCCGACGGGUGUUUGUCUGGGUUAACACACACGGCAAGAUUUACCUUGUUCAGAGACUGGGGUAGAUCACUCUUUACUCUUCCUCUCAAGAUGUGCUUAUAGUUAAAAUAAGUGAGCCCGUUGUACUGGUAAUUAAGUCUCUUGCAAUGUAAUAAUAAAG